GUAGGAGGGUUGAUCACGACAGCUACUUUGCAAAGAGAGGUGGGGUAAAAGGCCGCCCAGCCUCACCAGUGGCUCUGUUUCUGGAUUGCUCUCGAGCCGGCUACUCAGAUCGACAUCUGAUCGUGCUUUUCGUUGUUUUCACUUUGUGUGCUGUCCACUCGCUGCUGGUGCGCUGGGCAUCACUUCUUGAAGAGGGCGGAAUCAACAACGGAUGCAUCGGCUAUGGAGAUUGGUCCAACUUGGAUGAGGUCUGCCACCAGGGGCCGUUUUUGGAGCAAGGUUGGCCGGUUUUCCUCGUGAUUUACUUCAUGGUCUUCUUCGGGGCCCUUAUGGAUCAAGGAAUCAUUGGUGCCGAAGAGCUGCGGAAGGUACGGGGGCGGAAGCUUGCAGCCCGGAAGCGUCAAGCAGUCUGGGAGAGGUUUUCUCGCCAGCUUUUCACUGUUGACUCCAUCCAGAAGGCGUCGCCCGCUAAAGAAGUCCAGCGUGCCCUGUACCGCUUCGCGCAGCAGAACGUGCCCAUGCCUUUCCUUUCCACUUGUGAGCUCAUCGAUAGCGAACUGAGCUUGGAGGAUGAAGUCUACGUUUGGCCCCAGAGCGUCCUCGGGAGGCAUGAAAGUCCCAGUCCCUUUCUGUGA